AAAUCCCAUAUUAUACAUAAAAAGAUAACGAUCUCGUCGAUUAAUCGUCUGAUCUGUCUUAUUUUCUUUGCAGCGUCAUUGCCGGGUACCGAAGCUGCCCAUCAACUAGUAAUCUGCGUCCGUAAUAAGUGUACCCCAGAGGAGGCGCUAAAUGUGCUUAGGGAACUUCCAAAUCCUCUACGUGAAGGCGAACAACCUGCCGCGGCUCAGGCUGCUGCUUACAACCCUCUGAAGAUUGAUGUCUUUGUCCAAACACUGCUUAAUCUCGGCAGUAAGAGUAUCUCGCAUAGUUUCGCCGCUAUCUCGAAGUUCCAUUAUGUUUUUAAGAUUCUUGCAGAAUCGGAAGAAGCUCAAAUCUGCGUUCUUCGCAACGUAUGGGAGCUAUGGCAACGUCACGCCCAAAUGGUCUGUGUAUUAGUUGACAAGAUGCUCAAGACGCAAAUUGUGGAAUGCAGCGCAGUCGCGACCUGGCUUUUCUCGAAGGAAAUGGCGCCUUACUUUACACACAGCUACUUGUGGGAAAUCUUACAUCUAACUAUCGAUAAGAUGAACAAACAUGUUUCUAAGCUAAGUGGUGAACUGCAAGAGGCGAGGGAAGCUCUAGCGCGAGCUGACUCCAGCAGUUCAGACUCUGAGGAUGAGAAUAACAGCAAAAAGAAAAAGGAUCAAGACAAGCCUACCGAAGAGGCAGUGGAACGCAUGGAAGAGCGUCUGGAGUCAGCUCACACAGACCAGAAACGUCUAUUUCUGAUUGUGUUCCAACGAUUUAUCAUGAUCCUUUCGGAGCACCUGGUGCGCUGCGAUACAGACGGACGCGAGCCGGACACAUUUUGGUACCGCAGUACUAUUGGACGGCUGCAACAAGUCUUCUUGGUGCACCACGAGCAAGUGCAGAAAUACAGCAGCACUCUUGAAACUCUCCUCUUCACUCAAGACUUGGAUCCUCACAUCUUGGACGUUUUCCAUCAAUUUGUUGCACUCACCGCAUAGAGAAUAUUAUAUAAGUGAUAAUUUACGAUGUGAUUGAACCGAAAUUUAGUAGAAAUUGACGUCGAUUUUGUUACACACUUUAUGAGUGUUUUUUAUUUUUUAUUUUAAGAACGUUUGUCUGUGAAGCGGGAAAGAAUCUAUACUGUCGACUUUACUAGACCAACUCGGCAUUGCUCGGUCUUUCGUGACGAAUUCCACUUUUUCAAUAUUAAUUUGACCUUUGAAACUUAUAGAGAACAUGCCCGCGGAUAUCAGCGAUGCCUGCGCGAAAUAAAUAAUUUAGCUGCAUGUUUUCUAAGAGAAGAAGAGUGAUUUUGGAUUCAAGGCUCAAUUUAAUUUGCAUGCAUAGCAUAAUGAACUUAUACCAAUUGUUUAACGUACAAACUAGGUAGGUACGAUAUAAUAUAUAGCUGUGAGAAUUCCCGAAACUGCGAAAAUUCUCCGGAAGACGCGCGAUCUGUUUUGGGGCUCGUAUCCAAUUUGUACGUUACACAAUUUGACAUAAAGUUAAUUAUGUAAUGAUUACGAAAAAUAGCUACGAAAUGGUUACACCGACUUGCCGCAAUGUUUUGAGUUGCUUGAUGAAGACUGCACUACUAAUAUGUUAAAUAUGUUAAAACGAUUGUGGUAAUAUUUACGAAAUUUUAUUGGUGGUAUGUCAAUUUUAAGUGCACGUUUAAAAAGUUUCAAUUUAUUUUUCACCAGUACGCG